AUGCUCACCCGGCCGUCCCGCGGGUGCUCGUCGCGGAAGCGCUCCCGAACUCGCCGCGACCGGAUGGACAGUCGCUCCUGCAUGAACUGCGGUGUCUCCAACGGGCGAUCUGUAUGCACUGCUCUCCAGACACCCCAGAGUUCUCUGUUGAUCCGGGUAGCACUCCUGCCCGCCGCCUGCUGAGGCGCUUCGUGGAGCAAGGCCCAACCCCUGCACGCCGCUACCUCACUUCCGCCAUCGAUCUCAGCCAGCGAAGAUGGCGGAAGAUCCAGAGGCCGUGUUGCAGCUUCCUUCUUCAGCGGCCGGGGCCGGCGGCGAGAGCCUUUCGGAGCUUUCCCCAGAGACAGCCACCCCCGAACCCCCAUCUUCGGCCGCAGUCUCGCCGGGGACGGAGGAACCUCCCGGUGACACCAAGAAAAAAAUUGAUAUCCUGCUGAAGGCUGUAGGAGAUACCCCUAUAAUGAAAACAAAGAAAUGGGCUGUAGAGCGAACUCGAACCAUCCAAGGACUCAUUGACUUCAUCAAAAAGUUCCUUAAACUUGUGGCCUCGGAACAGUUGUUUAUUUAUGUGAAUCAAUCCUUUGCCCCUUCCCCAGACCAAGAAGUUGGAACUCUAUAUGAGUGUUUUGGCAGUGAUGGUAAACUGGUCCUACAUUACUGCAAAUCACAGGCAUGGGGAUGAGCCACAAAAGAACAACUUGAUAUUUUCACAGAAGAAAAAAACUCAGAGAAGUUUUGAUGCUGUGGGGAGAGACUUAAUGGCUACCAAAUAUUCAGCAUGAAUCUGCUCUGACUUAUGUUUAUGUGUAAGAAAACAUCAUAGAGUAAAUGGACUAAAAAUAAGAUAUGUGCUACCAUAAAAUCGUCUUAAAAAUUGACAUUAGAGUAUGCCCAUUACCCCCACACAUUCCUGUUUGAGAUCUGCCUCCGAGAUUAGAAAGGAAACUGGAAUUCUGUAUCCAUUGCAGGUUCUCAGAUGACAAGUUAUUUACUUUAGAAUUGGUACUGUGUUGUUUCCAUGGUAAAAUCCAGUUUACUAGAAUUGGUACUGUGUUGUUUCCAUGGUAAAAUCUAGUUUACUGAAGGGUUUGAAUUUUGAGGUAGUUUUGCUUUUUAACUUACUGGGGGAGCCUGUUUCUUUGGAAUAUGGAAUGUUUACAUUUAUCUGUGUUGCUUUGUAUAAUCAAGUGCACUGAUUUGUCUCGCUACCUUAGGUUGUCCAGUAGAGGGCAGCCCCGUUGGCAAAAAGGUUUCACAGUUCUGACGUCUUUGCCAGAGUGGAAGAAGGACUGUUGAACCUAAUUUCUAGUUAAUGUGUAAUCAGGAGAGCAACUGUGUUGACAGACUAGAAGGAUGUGCAUAGUUUAAAAUUAAUCAAGCUGGGGAACAGUUUCAUAUAUUGUACCCAAGAGUCCCCAACUCUUUUUUAAGUCCUGUCAUUUAUGAUUCUUGAGCCUCAUCCCAGGCAUUGUAAUACACACUUGUAAUCUCAGUGCUCAGUAAACCUGGGCCAGAGACUCAGGAGUCUAAAACCAGACUGAAAUGCAAAAGAACUUUUCCCAAAAAGAUUCUUAAGCCCUACCCUGUGUAUUCCACUGUCACUUACCUGUGUCAAAGAAGCUGACUUGGUACAGCAGGCAACCUCAAGUUUACCGAUUCACCCCACCCUCAUUUCUAACAUCUGAAUUGUAGUUUGUGUUUCUGCAAUGCUGAGCAUCAUUCCAGUGUCUUGUACACUUGAGGCCAGGGCCCUGCUGAGCUCUAUCUCUAGCACUCAAUUGAGUGCUUCCUAAUGUGUUCUCCAAGUUGAAAGCAUUCAAGGCUAAUGAUUGAAAAAUAGCCUCAAAUUUUAUGUGUAUUCCAUGCCAUCACACACAAAAAAAGAGUGUAACUGUCACUGUGCUGAUAGAUUGGUCACUGCUUGAAGUAAGAUUUAACUUUUUCCUUAUGUGUGUUAUAUGUCUUUUUGUUUUAUUUUUUGAGACUGGGUCUUACUAUGUAGAUCUGCCUAGUUGGAAACUCACAGAGACCUGUGUGCCUCUUGAAUGCUGAGAUUGAAGGUAUGGACAACCUUGCCUAGCUCCAUAUGUGUCUUAAAGAUUUCCAGCUAGAACUAGACAUGGCAGUGCAUAGUUAACCUAGCAUUCAGGAAGCAGAAGAAAAAAGACUGAAAGUUUAAGACCAGUGUGGGCGACAGAGUGAGAUGGGAUUACAGGAUUUGAAGUAUGUAAGAAUUCCAAGUGUUUGCUUGCAAAGGUGAUGAUAGAAAUGUAUUUCUCAUCAAAAAUAUUUGAGGACCUAUACUACCCUUGUUUUUGUUUUUGCGACAGGCUGUGUCACUCAGGCUGACCUGAAACUUGUGACUAACCUGCCUCAGGCUCCUGGGUGCCAGGCUUACAGUUGUGCACCACUGCACCUGGCUCGUUUUUAACUCUUAAACCCUAGAGUGUGCUUUAGGGCCGUACUCAGCCAUGUGAACCAUGAAAGAUGCUGUGUAACGACACAGUACAGUGCUGUCUAUUUCUUGUCUUCUGCCCAAGAAUGUGAGUUCUGGGCAUCCCCUUUAUCAGCACCCUUGGAGUGAGUUAAUGCAGGUAAUAGUUUACAGAGGAGUGAUAUGGACAGUGAGUUACACAGAAUACAGGCUUAGAAAACACCUUUCAUCUUGAAAGCUGGGAAGUACUGAUUUUUGAGCACUGUCAAUUAGAUAGGGAAAAGAUUUGCCCAGUAAGAGGUUACUGAAAGAGCAUAAUGGUAGAUAUUUAACAGGAAAAAAUAUGUUAAACUUAUUGUUUGCUGAUGCUUGUUUGAGAUGACAGAAUGCUUAUUAACUCUACGAAAUAAAAAAUAAACUUGA